UUCCUUUCGAAACAAAGAUUCGUGGUCCUAAUCCUAAUUAGGGUUUAUAAGUUUAAAACCUUUCAUCACUGAUCGUUAAAAUUUUCCCGCGAAAGAUGGAUCCUGAUGGACAACGAACCCCAGCCAGCGCAUCGGCAGUGAUGGCUUCACUUCUAAGCAAGAGAGCCAAGCUUCUCGAAGAGCUACGUAACAUUGAACGACAGGUCUAUGAUAUGGAGACAAGUUAUUUACAAGAUCCAAGCCAAUGUGGCAAUGUAUUGAAAGGUUUUGAAGGGUUCUUAUCUUCAUCUAAGAACACUGCACUCUUGAAGCGGUCAAGGAAGUUCCAGCCUGAAGAUAGGCUCUUCUCUUUAUCUUCAGUCACCUCACCAGCAGCUGAAGAGCAAGCAAUUGGACGAGAUGAUGGGAGAUCAGACUGUGGUCCAGGUCGGUCUAAGGGUGGAGGUAUCUUUGGGAAUGGGCAAGGUAAACCAAAGAAGGGAAGAGGCGCUUCAAGAGACGCAAAAAGAAUCAGGCAUUCAAGUGAAGAUUUUGACUAUGAUGAUGAUCCUGAUGUGACUUUGUAAAAUUGGCAUGUUCAUUGCCCCUUUUGUGCGAGAUCUGCUGCAGCUGGAGCCUGAGGCAGAUUGUUUUUCACUUAUAAGAUCCUGUUAAUGGCAGAAAUUACAAUUGCUCGGGCAAGGAAAAACUUCACUUGACUGAUGCAAAAAGGAAUCAUGAACUAACUAUAAUGAUCUGAGAGGCUGUUCCUUCGGCAGAUACUAUGUUAAUGGUAAUAUGGUAUAUUUCAUGGCUUCAGUUGCCUGACUUGAUUCUUAUUUGUUUAAUUUAUAGAGAAAGAUUGAAGGAUGAAGUUCCCUUAUAAUUUGUGUUAGGUUGGAGCUUUAUGAACAUUGUCUGUAGCAGCAAGGACUAUUAAUGUUUGUUCCCGCUCUGAAAGCCAGGUUGAAGUGCACUCAAAUUUUAACCAA